AUGCGUACGCCUGAAACAAUUGAGAAAGUCCGCGAACUUGUAACAGCGGAUCGGCGACUGACUAUUCGAAUGCUGGACAGUGAACUAAACAUUGACAAAGAGGUGGUUCGCCAAAUUCUGACGCAAGACCUGCGGAAACGCAAAGUGUGUUCCAGAUUUGUCCCGCACUGUUUAUCGGACGAUCAGAAGCAAGUCCAAAAGGACUCGUGUGGUGAACUCAUCGACAACGCUGACGCUGACCCUGAUUUCCAUACUGACUGGUGA